AUGCUCCCCCGCGAGGCGUGGGACAGUCAUCUCCAUUGCCUGGACCCACAGCGUUUCCCGUUCAAGCCAACGCGCGCCUACACCCCUCCACCGGCCACGCUCGAGAGGAUGGUACAGCACCGACAGACCAACAAGCUGAUGCUCGUGCAGGCCUCCAUCGAGGAUGGCUAUGAAGGGUUUCUGGCUCACCUCACCGAGUGUCGGAGGUUGUACCCAUCGAUCACCAUCCGGGGGACCAUCUGCUACGAUCCGGAGCUGGACCGGUUGACCAAGGAGGAGUUCGAGCAAUGGCACGAGGCUGGGGCGCGCUGCAUUCGCAUCCACGGAGUCUAUGGGCAAUUCAGGGACCAGCCAGAGCUCGUGCGGAGCCAACUCCGAGCAUUGGCUGGGUCCUACGGGGUGCGUGUGCUGGGGUGGUCCAUUUCGGCUCAGCUUCCAUUACCAGUGUGGGCUUCUCUGAGACCUUUCCUCAUAGAAGAUAAGAGCAUGCAGGAUACCAUCCUUAUCGCGGAUCAUAAUGGCUGUGCGGAGCCAGAUGACAUAGACACGUCGGAUUUCCGUGCUUUCAUGGAUCUGCUAGGAUCGGGAAGGUUGUACGUGAAGAUCGGGGCUUUGUACCGUCGCAGUCCGGACGACUUCCUGCGAAUGGAGCCAGUCAUCAGGGCAAUGGCUGAGCAGACACCAGAACGUCUAGUCUGGGGAAGCGAUUGGCCACAUGUGGUCACAGGUGGUGGGAAGUUGCAGGUAGGGGAUGUAGAUGCUGAGCUGGCCGCGUUGCGGGGAUGGCUGUCAGAGGAGGCGUGGCCCGACGGAGGUUCCGGGGUGAUGGCCACCUACCGGGGCUACGAUCCAGAGUUCGCGCGCAAGACAGAGGGCGAGCUGCUGAAGAAGAUCGAUCGUCGGAUCCUACCUUUGGUCCUGCUCAUCUACCUGUUCAACUAUCUGGAUCGAAACUCCAUCACGCAAGCUCGAGUCUAUGGGCUGCAAGAAGACACCCACCUGGAGGGAGCGGAGUAUCAGACCGUCAUCUCCAUCUUUUCAGUGGGGUACAUCCUGAUGCAAGUCCCCUCUACCAUGCUCAUGACCAAGCUUCGACCCUCCAUCUACCUGCCUUCAUGCAUGAUCAUCUGGGCCAUCGUGAGCGGAUGCACGGCAGCGACCCACAACGUCGGCAGUAUCAUGGCGGUCCGGUUUCUACUCGGGUUUGUCGAAGCGCCCUUCUUCCCCGGCGCCAUCUACUUCCUCAGCUGUUGGUACACAAAGAAGGAACUGGGAGUGCGAACCGCAUUGCUCGUGUCGGGCAUCCUGCUGUCCAACGCUUUUGCGGGACUGAUUUCCGCCGGAAUCCUGACCGGAAUGAACCACACCACGCGACUCGCAUCCUGGAGAUGGCUGUUCAUCAUCGAAGGGCUUGCCACCGUUGUUGUAGCCCUCGUAGCCAUGGCCUUCCUACCCGACUUCCCCGCCACGACCAAAUGGCUGACUGAAGCCGAACGGAUCGUGGCGCAGGCGCGUCUCGCCGAGGACGCAGGCUCGGAGAACGCGCUGGAAGAUGAGAAAGUGCCCCUGCCCCGGGCAUUGAUCUGGGCCGCCAAGGACGUGCGCACCUGGAUCUUUGCCUGCAUGCAAAUGGCCACGACGGCCACCAUCUCCUUCUCCCACUUCUUCCCCACAUUGAUCAAAGAGAUCGGGUUCUCCAACAACACAGUCGUGCUCUUGCUCACAUCCCCACCCUACGUCGUGGGCUUCUUCUGGGCUGUAGGCUGGGGCUGGUGGGCCGAUAAGCGCCAGACUCGCUCCAUUCCCGCGGGCGUGUCGGAGGGGGUGGCUAUUCUUGCGGCCAUCCUGUUGAUUGCGGUACCAGAGUCCCAGCAGUGGGCGCGCUACGCCUUCACCUUUCUGAUCUGCUGCGGAACGUACGGUGUCUAUGCGACCACCUACGCCUGGCUGUCUUCGACCAUCGUCCAGCCCCCGGCCAAACGAGCCGUGGCGAUCGGUAUCGCUAACACCUGCGCCAACGUGGCGUCGCUGUUUGCGAACUACUUCUGGUUGGACCAGUACGAACCCACGUAUCGGGUCUCUUGGGGAUGUAUCCUCGCUUUUGAGUGUCUCGGAAUGGCGUGUAUCCUAACGCUGCGUUUUCUGCUUCGUCGCGCCAACAGAAGGUUCGAGGAGUUGGCAACCACGAUGGAGGUGAAUGGUGUUGCCAUGCAGAGAUUGGACCAAGACUCGCGGCGCGCUAUCUUGAAUGGGUUUCGAUAUGUAAUCUAG